AUGACGAACGAUAACAACACCCCCAUUGACACCACAGAUGUCACAAAAACUCCACUCAACGUUGCAGCCACUGAUGCAACUGUGACAGCCUCUGAAAACAUCACAGCGUCAACCGCUGCAGCAACAACUAGCACUAUCCUCACUGCGGGAAAUGCUGCUGAUGAAACCACUCGCCGUAGCCUAUUCGGUGCUGGUCUUUAUCAGACGGGCUCAGUUUCAGAAACCGCAAGUGGUCCGAAGAAGAUGAUGUUCUUCCUGACAACGAUGAAACUGGACAAGUUCAUCCAGGAGGACAAACCCCUUAUUCCGUACGGGAUUGAUGAUGUCCACAGUCUUGCAACUGUUGACAUAUGGGUGCAUUCCGACUUCAUCUGCAAAGGUUACAUUUUGGGUCCUCUCAUUGAUCCAUUGUACCGACUCUACUGUGAGAUUCCCACUGCGAAAGAGCUGUGGAGAUCCCUGGAUAAGAAGUACAGAGGUGAGGACGCUGGCUGCCAGAAGUAUGUGGUUGCAAAGUUCCAUGACUUCAAAAUGAAGUUCAAGGGGAAAUGUCACUACUGCCACAAAGUGGGGCACAAGACUGUUGAGCGUCGCAAAAAGAUCAAAGAUGAGAAGGCUCAGGCUGAGGAUGAUCUCGUUGCUGUGUCGACUGAAGCCAACAUGGUUGAAAUCAACAACCCCAAGGAAUGGUGGUAUGACACUGGUGCAACCACCCACAUUUGCACCGAUAGGGCGAUGUUCAGCACCUAUCAGAAAAGCGAGACUCAGGAGAAGCUCAGGAUGGGAAACACUGCAGUCUACAAGAUUGAAGGACGUGACAAUGUGAUUUUGAAGAUGACAUCUGGUCAUGAAGUCACUCUGACGAAUGUGAAGCAUAAAUGCAUCUUGCUGCCUCCUCUUGUAUCUUUGCCUCAUUGCCAAACCCAAAUCGUCACCAACGUGUCCUUGUCCUCACUAUCUCCAGAGGAGGAAGAUUGUGUCGUGGCUAUUAAGUUCAUGGGACCCCAACUCAGCUACUGCCGACCCUCUGCUCAAGGCAACUCCAAGUGGUUCAACAUCAGGAUCGCAAACCCUUGCUUCUUCUCCUCCCGUGUCAUGUUUUCCAAGAAACAUAACAUGUUUCGCAUACCUGGAGCUGGCGGCCAACUCAUUGCAUCAUGGGAUCUCUGCGAAGACAAGCACACACCCAAGUUUCAGGAGUUGCGAUAUCAUUUUCUUCCAGAGCCGACCGAAGCAGAACGUGAGGUUAUGGAUACAUGUCUCACGAGCGAACACAUGGUGGAAUCACAAUCCACAGGUGAAACCUUUUUGGUCAAGUGUUUCAGACAGACUAUGGACGGUAUUGCCGUAUUGCAAACAAAAGGUGUAAUGGCGUUCAGGGUAACCCCCAAGGGAAAUUCAGUGUACACUCAAGACAUUGUAGAUCUCACCAUUUUCAUCUCAAAGGCUGAAGCAUUCUGUGUCCGUGCUAGCUCGUUUCCUGGCGUGAGCCCUAACCAUGUCUAUAUCUUGGAUGUCAUGGAGAUUUCAUUUUUCAAGCUUCCUGAUUCUUCCAUCACAACUCUUACUGAAAGAAUCAUGUCCCCUUACGUUUUUCCACCUCAAAAUAUAGAAUAUUAA